AUGGCAAACGCAGGCUCCCCAAUCGUCAUGUGCACGCUCGGCAUGUUCAUCCUCGACGAGAUCGAGUUCCCGGCGCCCAAGCCGGGGGUCAAGGACAUUGUCGGCGGGGCCGGCGCCUACUCUGCGCUGGGGGCGCGCAUCUUCUCGCCGCCACCGCGGUCGAGGAGCGUGGGCUGGAUCGUGGACUGCGGAUCCGACUUCCCGGGCGCGUUGCGCGAGUACAUUGCGUCGUGGGAGAGCGGGGUGCUGAUGCGCGAGACACCGGGCCGGUUGACGACGAGGGGGUGGAACGGCUAUGGAGAGAAGGAGCACAGAGCUUUCCGCUAUACGACGCCCAAGCUUCGGCUGGGCCACGAAGACAUCCAAGACACCGACCUGCUGUGGGCCAGGUCCUUCCAUCUCAUCUGCUCGCCGGCGCGAUGCAUGGAGCUCGUCAGGAACGUCGUGCAGCUGCGAACCCAAGCUUCUCCCACGACGGAGCGCCCGCUCUUCCUGUGGGAGCCGGUGCCGGACCUCUGCGUUCCGGGCGAGCUGGACAGGUGCGUGCAGGCACUCAAGCACGUGGAUGUCGUGAGCCCCAACCACGGCGAGCUUGGCGGCUUCUUUGGCCAGUCCACGGACGGGGCGGAGCAGGUCCACCACCGGCUGGUCGAGUCCCUCUGCGGUCAGUGGCUGGAGAGCGGGAUUGGGCCCAACGGCAGCGGGGGGGUGGUGGUGCGGAGCGGCAAAGACGGGUGCCUGGUGGCGCGGCGGGGGUUGCGCAGGUGGAUGCCUGCGUACCACGAGGACAGCGACAAGGUGGUGGAUCCCACGGGCGGCGGCAACGGCUUCCUGGGGGGGUUAGCGGUGGGGUUAGUGCGGUGCGGAGGUGUUGCGGAGCUCGAGGAAGCUGCGGUCUGGGGGUCGGUAUCAGCAAGCUUUGCGAUUGAGCAGGUCGGGAUGCCGGUGCUGGCUCACGAUGCACAGGGCGAGACGUGGAACGGGGUUAGUGUGUCAGAGAGAAUGGCAGCGUUCAAGCAGAGGCUGGAUAGAUAUGUACAGCCGUAG